AUGAAAUACAAAACAAAAAAAGAUUGUUCGCAAACUAUCUCAAUACUGGCGAGAGAUUGGAACAAGAACAGAGGAGAAUAUGUAUUCCUUAAGACUGUGACUGUGUUAGAAAGACCACCAGAAAUAAAUCAUACCAUGAAUAUAACCAUGAAUAGAUUAGGACAUUUUUACAUAUAUGUAUCUAUUUCUUUAGACAUCAGCGAUAAUCAAGAUGGUGUCAAAGGAAAAGUAAUAUUGCUUGAUCCAGGUAUAUGUACCUUUAUAACUGGUUAUGAUCCUAACGAUCAAAUUGUAGAGUGGGGUAAUGGCAAUCUCAACAAGAUAUUUAGAUUAUCAAAAAAAUAUGAUAAAUUACAAAAAGACAAGGAUCUGGCAAUCAGACAAAAAAAUAAAC